AUCUGUUCGUGCUGCGCCUGCGUGGUUUCCAUAGUAACGUUGUCAAACUUAGUUCUUUUGAAAACUGCUCAGGCGCCGCUCGCAAGCAAGCUGGUUGUACCCACUUUAAGACAAUAUUGGCCCCAAUGUCUGACAAUGAUGAUGUGUACCUGUCCCCCGAAGAACAGUUAGGGGAAGAUGCGCCUGCUGAAGAAGGCGAAGAAGGGGAAGAAGCCGAUAAGAUUCAAGUGUUCCCAUUGAACAAAGAGAUCAUCAUUGAGGGGCUUUCAUUGCUUUGUCAGACAGGAAAAAAACUGGAACAUGCUUUCAUCAAACUGGACCUUAAAGACAGAGCGUUAACUGACAUAAUUGCAAUCAGCAGUUAUAUUCACAUACGUUUUCUGGACUUAUCCAACAACUACAUCUCUGAUCUUUCUCCUUUGGCAUCAAUGACUCAUUUGCUUUGGCUGAAGGUUGACAGAAAUUCUAUGAAAUCAUUUAAAGAGCAACCUUUAUCUGAGUUUACCUUUCUACAAUGGUUGAGUGUGGCAUCAAACCAGAUUGUAGACAUGGAAGGCCUGGUUGGACCGUCCAUAGAGACGCUCAUACUUUCAGGUAAUAGUAUUCAGAAAAUAAACGGUUUGCGAAAUGCCGAUUUUGCCAAUUUAGUUAUUCUAGAGCUGAGGGGAAACCAGUUGGAAACAACAAGUGGCUUUGACCUUCCAAACUUGCGGAAACUAUACCUGGCCCAAAACUUUAUCAAACGUCUUGAGGGUCUAGAGAAGCUAGAGCGCCUGAUAACCCUACAUCUUCGAGACAAUCAGCUUGAAACUCUGGAAGGGCUCUGUCCUGAAAUGAAGAGUCUUCAGUACCUCAAUAUCAGAGGAAAUGCAAUCGCUGAAGGAGACGCCUUACGAAGCCUCCACUUUCUGACAAGUUCCCUGAAAACUUUGGUUAUUGCGGAAAAUCCAGUAGUGGACGCAGUACCCUAUCGGCAAACUGUACUAAUACUCCUGCCUCAGCUGGAGCGAAUUGACAAAGAGCCAGUUACCCUUACAGAGAGAACAGAAGCUCGGAGGACAAUCAGGGACCUUAAGGAAGGGGAAGCCGCACCUGUACCAAAAGAUUAAUAGAAUGGGGAAAGUGGUGCUUUUUUGAAACGAGGAGCCUCUUGUGUAUGAGUCAGCAACUCUGAUUACAAAUGUGUUUGUAAAACAUGUAUCUUGCAUGAUUAAUGUUCUGAUUAAGAUUUCUCAUAUAUAGAAAUACAGCUAACUGUAACCAUUAUAUCUAGUUGUUUUCAAGAAAUGGGGAAUUGCAGAGUAACUGACAU